UUACCAAUUGCCUGGCACUAUGCUAAGCCCUUUAUGUGUGUUCUUUCAUUUCUCAUCACAAUAACGCUAUGAGGGAUGGUAUUAUUCUCUCUUUUUCACAGAUGAGGCAACUGAAGUCUUUGCCUAAAUAAGGUCACAAACGUUUUCUCCUAUGUUCUCUCCUGAAAAUGUUCUAGUUUUAGGUUUUGCAUUUACAUCUAUGAUGCAUUUGGAAUUAAUUUUUGUAUGGUGUGAGUUAUGGAUGAAUGUAUUGAGAAUGGGUAGAAUCAGUCAUUAAGAGCGUAUAGAAUGAUACGUACAAAGGGUGGAUGGAACCCAGGAAAAAACAUAAAAGUCAAAGCUUAAGGAGGUGGGCAAAAAAGAUACAAGGCAUUGUCAGGGAAGUGCCAGGAAAAUUCUGAAAACCCAACACUGUGUACUAAGAUAAGCAUCAGGCCUUUGUCUUGGAUGAGGUCACUAGUGACCUUAGGAAGAGCAUUUACAGUAAAAACAAACCCUUCCGACAUUGGAACUAGAACCAACUACUCGACAGGAAUUUCCCUUGUGAAAGAAUUGGGGUGAGGUCUGAAAUCCGUGAGUACUCUGAAAGGUCACUUCUCUAGGCUCAGGAGGGACAUCCCCACACUGAGGAUGACUGAGGCAGACCCCAGUCACGCCCGUUGGGGUACUGUGGAAUUAGGUCUUGGGGCCACACCAGAGGAAUCACUGCCCUGCUGGGAAAUCAGAAUCACACUCACGGCCGCGCUGACCUCACCAGGGUCUAAACUACAACAGAACAAAAAGGCGGGAAGGGAGCUCUGCACUCGGGCAAUCAAUCCCAGGGCAAAGUAGGGAAGCCCCUCCUUUCCGCCUCCCCAUCAUGGGUCCGGAGCAGGGGAGGCGCCGGGCUCUACUUCCCAUCCUCGGGUCUCGCUCAGGGGCGAAGAGCUCUACUAGCACUCACCCGAUCCUAAGAUGGGGAUGUUGAAACCACUGGCUUCGUCCUUUUCCAGCAGCCACGCUGGGGGCUCUGGAUGGACACCCCACGACCUACUAACCUUUCGCCUCCCUACCCCAGCACCCAGCAGGUCACUGCUGAUCCAAGCCGGACCUGACCUCCCCGGCUAUCUCACCUACAGAAGUGAGUCGUAAAGUGUCGUAAAGGCGUCGGCGUUUUGCGGCGACCGUAAGUGAAGUCGGCGGCGUGGGUACUCGCUCGCACAACUCCGCCCCUUCGGCAGCAGCUUCUGCAGAAAGGCGGCAGUUAGCAAUUUGGAGAGGACAGGGACCCAACUUCAGUUCUCCCAACGGUCUCCCUCCCCCCUGGACUUAGAAAUGCUUUACCUGAUCGGCUUAGGCCUGGGAGAUGCGAAGGACAUCACAGUCAAAGGCCUGGAAGCUGUAAGACGCUGCAGCCGAGUGUAUCUGGAAGCCUAUACCUCUGUCCUUACUGUAGGGAAGGAAGUUUUGGAAGAGUUUUAUGGAAGAAAAUUGAUUCUUGCUGAUAGAGAAGAAGUGGAACAAGAAGCAGAUAAUAUAUUAAAGGAUGCUGAUAUCAGUGAUGUUGCAUUUCUUGUGGUUGGUGAUCCAUUUGGUUUUCAAAUGAACUUGGAGAAUAAAGCCCAUUGUCAGCUGUAUAAGUUUGGAGAGACAGUUUCUAUUGUUUUUUGGACAGACACUUGGCGACCAGAAAGCUUCUUUGACAAAGUGAAGAAGAAUAGACAAAAUGACAUGCACACCUUAUGCUUAUUAGACAUCAAAGUAAAGGAGCAGUCUUUGGAAAAUCUCAUCAAGGGAAGGAAGAUCUACGAACCUCCUCGGUAUAUGAGUGUAAACCAAGCAGCCCAGCAGCUUCUGGAGGUUGUUCAGAAUCAGAGAACACGAGGAGAAGACCCAGCAGUCACCGAGGAGACACUCUGUGUUGGCUUGGCCAGGGUUGGAGCUGAGGACCAGAAAAUCGCUGCCGGCACUUUGCAGCAGAUGUGUACUGUGGACUUGGGAGGGCCACUACAUUCCUUAAUCAUCACAGGAGGCAGCCUGCAUCCACUGGAGAUGGAGAUGCUAAGUCUGUUCUCUAUACCAGAAACCAGCUCAGAAUCCCAAAGCAUUGAUGGACUCUGAACAUGGACAUUUUCUAUUUUGGAUGUUAAUUUCAGUCAAUUUGUUAUAUACACAUUUGUAUAACAAAUUGAACAGGUCUUUGGUUUACCUAAUAAGUAUCGAACAGGUGACUAAAAAGAAAGAUGUUGACUCAAUAAUGUUUGGUUUCCUGAGGCAAUGAGUUUUUUCCCUCUUAUAUCAUCGGUUGUUGCUGGUAUUUGGCAGUUUUUCAGGAUGUAUACACAUGGAGCCAACCAAACUGGAAACUUGUAGAUAGACAACCAUAAACAGAGUCGUUUAAAAGCAGUUUUGCCUUAUGAACCCAGACUACACAAGGUGGAACUUUCUUCCUUCUUAAAAUGUCAGCUGUCCUGACUGUGUUGUCCUGACAGCAGUUGGUAUGAGUGCGUGUAAACAGAGGUGGGAAGAGUAAGUCCUACUUGCUUAAAGCUCAUCCGAGCACAUGCCACAAAAUGACAUCAUUCCGAAUUGCCUUGUCUUAUUUAGCUGACAUCCUAAUUAUGUAACUCAUAUUCUGUAUUUUGGAGGUUAUAUAAUUAUUGAAUUAUAAAUGUUCAGCCAACCAUGUACAGUUGCUCUUUGGUUUUAAAUAGCAACUUUCACAUCCUAGCUGACAACUGGAAAACUUUCUGACUACAAAAUAAAGAUGAACAAAAUUUAAGUUUGAAGACAAUAAUGGAUUAGUCAAGAUUCGUCAUAUCACUUAACUCAGUUAAUAUGCCACUAUAUAUGGAUGAAAGUAGUGACAUUUUUCUUACUCGUAAAUAACACUGCAUUUAUUCUGUUUCAUGACCACAGAGUUUUAUACUUUUUGUUCAUAACAGAAAUAGCUUUGUUACCCACUAGUUUAGUUGGUCUAACUCUGAGUGUUUCCAUAGCAUGAUCAACUUAUCUGACCCUUUUGCUCAGUAAAGUUGUUGGAAAUUGAACAGAUACUUCUCUACUUGCUGGGAGCAUCAGUUAGCAAGAGAUUAUUUUUUACUUAUUUCAUUUGAGAUAAGAGAUUUUUUAAUAUAUAUGAAACAUUCCAUUUUGUAUCUAUCGGACACAAAGAGGAGAGAGGUAAGGACAUUUAAGUACCAGUGCUGUAUUGUUUUCUCCUGAGGUGUUAAACCAAACUUUUAAAAAUUACAAAAUGAAGGACUUCUGGUUUUGGUAAUGGUGGAAUAGCUUAUAAUGUACAAACGCUCUCAGUUAUGAACUUUGGACAAAAUACCAUCGCUGUGUAAAGGCACUGGGGAGUGACCAAAAGCAGGCUGAGACCCGUUCGUACGUGGCUUUCCCCUCAGGGCAUCCCCAGUCGUCCUGGUGAAGGGCAGCUGGAAGGCAACAGGACAUGCAGUCUUACUGGCUCAGGUAGCAGAGGAGGUAGGGACUGCUAGAGAGGCUGUAAAUUGAAGGCGGAAAUCCCAGAAAUGAGGGUGGCACUGAGGGAGGAGGCUUUCAAUCUAUGUAAUUUCCUCUUAACUCUUUGGCUAACUCCUGAACUGUGCACGUGCAGAGAAGACUGCAGGGCACCUAGUGGAAAGGCACGGCCGAAACAGUAGAAAAGCUGAGCAGAGUCUGGUGCUCUAUAUUGCAAGAAGUCAGCGUUUCGAGUUUGAAUUCUGACAA